UGCUGGCUGUCUUCAGUAUUAAGUAACAUCAUGCACUCUGAACUAAUAACAGAGCUCCACAACCAACACAGAUCAAAUCUCGCCGCUGAGUUGAAUAUAUCCAACAUGAAUAAAUUGGUAUGGAGUGAAACAAUGGCCGAGCAAGCCCGGAGCAUCCUGUACAGAAUCAGUCGUAACCGUUGGAGACCUUUAGCGAACUUUACGGAAGAAGAGCUCAAUUACAACUUUGGUUGGACUGUGAGUCAGGAGAACCCUAUCGGUACCAUCCUUGCCGCUUGGAAACAGGAGAAACGUGUAUUCAUACGAGAUGAGAAAGCGUGCUCGCCUGUGAAUAGGUGUAGAAACUUUAGACAUAUGAUGAACGCUCAACAAGCAAGUGUGGGAUGUUUUAAUAUAGCCCUGAAUAACACAGCCUAUCACAUCUUAGUGUGCAGUUACCGCGGAAGCAUUCACGAUAUAUUUGAUUUUGAAUAUGGACCAGUUUGUUCAAGCUGUGAAAGUCCCUCCUCAUUCUGUGACAACAAUCUAUGUGCUGCCUGUAGUCAAACAGAACAGCGAACUUGUGAUUGCAGAAAAACAUGCACAGCGGCUAAUUUGACAGCAGGAGUCCUCGACACACUAACAUGCACGUGCGCCUGCCAAUUCAACACUGGCCCAAAUUGCGACAGACCAUGUCAAGACCAGACGUUUAAUGAGGAGUACAACUUUUGUGAACUAGCAACAGCAGACGAUUGCCAAAUGCAGGAAAUGAGACAACAGUGCCCUCUGUCGUGUGGAUUCUGUAACAGAGCUAACUGAUCCACACGGCUAAUGGCAAUGCGAGACAAGACUUUCAAAACAAAUCAAAGGGAAUCUUCUUAUGUUUAUUAAUAUCUAAUAUUAACCCAUUUUUCCCACACCCAUGUUAAACACUACUUUUUAUAUUGCUAAACUACUGAUGUAAUAAAGUGUUAGGUUCCAGACGUCUCUACUCUCUACGCUACUAUUCUUUCCAUAUAGCUCUAGGUUAUAUAUGAAUAAAAUGGCAACAGCCCGCUUUGCUGUUCUUAUAUUGAAAUUAUAAUCAGUGCUAAGAAACAUACAUGAUCUGAUUAUAUAUGACUCAAAUUUUGUUUUAUACUGGUAAUAAAAAAAAAAAAAGACUAGGCCGAAAUGGGCUAGUUAUAAUU